GGAGAAAGAGAGAGCGGGAGAGAAGGAGGGAUAUGAAAGGAGGGGAAUAGACAGCCAUUACCGAAUCACAGUCUCCAUACUGCUCCUCUGUCUACCGGGUCGGUGCAAAAAACGGACCGAGAGUCAGUGUUUCUGUGGCCGGCUGAGAGGCGUGUUUGUCGGGAUUGAGAGCCAGCGCAUCCCCGCCUCUGUCACCCUGCGUGCGGUAACGGGCGCCGCCGUUACACGGCCCUGGCGAGAUGUCUUCCUCGGACGAGGAGAGCCUGAGCGAACGUUCGUGUGUGAGCGAGCGUUCGUUCCGCAGCGAGAGGUCUGGGGGCUCUCUCUCGCCCUGCGCCCACAGCACAGCCGGGCCCAAAGGGGACACUCUGCCAUGGAACCUAUCCAAACAUGAGAGACGCAAGCGCAAGAGCCAAGACUCAGUGCUGGACCCCGCGGAGAGGGCAGUUGUGCGAGUCGCAGAUGAACGAGACAGGGUUCAGAAGAAAACUUUCACAAAAUGGGUCAACAAACAUCUCAUAAAGGUGCGGAAGCACAUCACAGACCUGUAUGAGGAUCUAAGGGAUGGGCAUAAUCUGAUUUCCCUGCUUGAGGUGCUGUCUGGCGUCACAUUGCCCAGGGAAAAGGGUCGCAUGCGAUUUCACCAACUCCAGAAUGUGCAGAUCGCCUUAGACUUCCUUAAGCAGAGACAGGUCAAAUUAGUGAAUAUACGCAAUGAUGACAUCACAGAUGGGAACCCAAAGCUGACACUGGGACUGAUCUGGACCAUCAUCCUUCACUUCCAGAUUUCUGAGAUCUAUGUGAGCGGUGAGUCAGGUGACCUUACUGCGAAAGAGAAGCUGCUGCUAUGGAGUCAACAGGCCACAGAGGGCUAUCGUGGUCUCCGUUGUACCAAUUUCUCCUCCAGCUGGAGCGAUGGACGCUUGUUCAAUGCUCUUCUGCACAGAUACAGGCCAGACCUGAUUGACAUGGAAGUGGUUGCGCAACAGAGUAACCGUGAGAACCUGGAACAGGCCUUUGAGAUUGCAGAGUCGUUAGGGGUAACACGACUUCUAGAUGCUGAAGAUGUUGAUGUGCCGUUACCAGACGAGAAAUCUGUUAUCACGUAUGUCUCCUCUAUCUACGAUGCUUUCCCCAAGAUCCCGGAGGGUGGAGAAGGCAUUGCAGCUAAUGAGGUUGACCAGCGAUGGACAGAGUACCAAUCUGGCUUCUCUUCUCUGCUGCAGUGGACCAGACAACAUACAGCCCUUAUGACCAACAGGAGCUUCCCCCACAAUCCUGUGGAACUCAAGGCACUUUACAAUGAAUAUGUCCAUUUCAAAGAAACAGAGAUCCCUGCAAAGGAGAGAGAGAAGAGCCACAUUGAGCACCUUUACAAGCUUCUGGAGGCGUGGAUAGAGUUCGGGCGCAUUAAGCUGCCUCAAGGGCUACACCCUAAUGAUCUGGAGGAGGAAUGGGGAAAACUGAUCCUGGAGAUGUUGGAGAGAGAGAAAGCACUGAGGCCGGCUGUGGAGAGGUUGGAGCUACUCCUACAGAAAGCCAAUAAAAUCCAGAACAUGGCUCUAGAUUGUGAGGAGAAACUCACAUUGGCGAAGAACACUUUACAGGCUGACAUGUCUCAUCUAGAGAGUGGGCAGCCCGUACGGUGUGAGAAUGAAUUGGGGAUGUAUCUGCAGGACUGUGAGGCUUUAGUCAGACAGCUUCACCUUGACCUGCAGGUCCUCAGAGAUGAGAAGUACUACCAGGUGGAGCAGCUGGUUUUCAGGGUGUCAUGUCUGCAGGAGGAGCUGGUCUCUUUGCGCCUGCAGUGUGCCAGUGUGUACAGGAAGGGUCAUUUCUCUACAGGGGGUCUGCUGGGAGAGCACGCGGGUCAGAAGGGUUCUUCAGGCCGUCUGGCUACACUUGGAGCACAAACGCUUCUGGGAGCAGUGGGAGCUGCGGCAUCCCUGCUCAGACGGCCGAUGUCUCGUGCAGACCUGGUAGCCAUGUCUUCCUCUGAGGAUGAAGGCAGUCUGCGCUUCAUCUACGAGCUGCUGGGGUGGGUGGAUGAGACGCAGGAACUGCUGGAGCGAGCUGAGUGGGGUUCUGAUCUACCCUCUGUAGAUCAGCACCUGCAAGACCACCACAUCAUUCACACGGCAGUGGAAGAUCUUCUGAAUAGCCUCAAAGAGGCUCGAAACUAUGAGUCAAGGGUCUCGCCUAAUUUAAGUAGCAGUUACUCUGAGACUCUAUCCAAGCUGGAGAACCAAUAUUGCAAACUGCUGGAACAUUCGUCAUGGCGACUGCGUUGCCUGGAGAGCCUUCGAGCUUUUGUGUCCCACUGCACUGAGGAGCUGAUCUGGCUUAAUGAGAGGGAGGAGGAGGAGCUGGCCUUCGACUGGAGCGACAGCAAUACCAACAUGGCUGCCAAAAGAGAGCAAUAUUCUGACAUGAGGUCAGAGCUGGAGGAAAAACAGGAAGUGAUGCACUCUCUCCAGGAGACAGCUGACCAGCUGUGUCAAGAGAACCACCCAGCCAAACAAACAGUGGAGGCUUACAGUGCUGCCCUGCAGACGCAGUGGCAGUGGAUCAAAGAGCUCUGCAUAUGUGUGGAGCAGCAUCUCAAGGACAACACUGCCUACUUCCAGUUUAUGAGUGAUGCACGGGACUGUGAAAGCUAUCUACGUCAGUUACAAGACACCAUUAAGAGACAGUACACCUGUGAUAAAAACAGCAGACUAGGCAGAUUGGAAGACAUGCUGCAGGACUCCAUGGAGGAGAAAGAACAAUUGAUUGAAUACCGCAGCACAGUGGCCAGCCUUGUAGGCCGAGCCAAAACUGUAGUCCAGCUCCGUCCACGCAGUGCAGAUAGUAACCUGGGCACCACCACUCCCAUCCGUGCCAUCUGUGACUACCGACAAAUAGAGAUCACGAUCAGCAAAGGAGAGGAGUGUGUAUUGGAGGAUAACUCUCAGAGGACUAAGUGGAAGGUCAUCAGUCCCACAGGAAAUGAGGCCAUGGUGCCAUCUGUGUGUUUCACCAUUCCUCCCCCUAAUCAGGAAGCCAUCGACACUGCCAGCAGAAUGGAGCAGAUGUACCAGAACGUCAUGUCUCUAUGGCACCAGCUGCAUGUCAACAUGAAGAGCGUGGUCUCCUGGCACUACCUGCAGAAAGACAUACGAAAUAUUUCCUCCUGGAGUCUGGACACAAUGCGCUUGCAGGCUCCAGCAGAGAGGCAACAGGCUUUAGACAACCUUGACGCCCACUUGUCCGACUUCCUUACAGACAGUCACGAGAGCUCCCUUUUCACGCCAACUGAAUGCCGUGAGCUAGAGAGAGAAACUGAGAACUGCCGUGAACGUUGCCAAACACUGCAGGUCUCUUUGGAGACAGUGGAGAGGGAUGAGUUGGCCUCUCGUGCUUACCUCUCAGAGCUGCGGAGCAUCAAGUCCCAUCUGGAGGAUGCAGAGAGCAGACUGAUGCGUGGCAUACAGACUCCACACCCCAGCACAAUAUCAGGAGACAUCACAGACAAUGCAGUUCACAUAGCAGAGCAAGAGAAACUGCAGCAGGAUCUGAAAGGACUUCAGUCAGAUUUGGGUGAGGUGUCUCGUCGCUGCGUGAGCUUCUUUGAGGAGAAGCCUUCCUCUUCUAGUGUUCCUGUCCUACGCUCUGAGCUCAACCUGGCUGUAGAGCACAUAGAGAAACUCAACUCCCUCUCCUCUGUUUAUCUGCAAAAAUUGAAGACGGUUGAUGUGUUGACGAGAAGCCUGCAGGCUGCAGAAAGUCAGGUGAGAAAGUAUGAGAGUCGACUGAGUGAAGAGGAUAUUGUGCCUGCUGAUACUGCUGCAAUCCAGGCCUUGGGAGAGCAGUUAAAGAAAUGGCAUUCAGAGCUGGAGGAGCAGGAUCACAUAUUCAAGAGUCUGAGUUUAGAGGUCCAGCAGGCUAGAGAGGUCAGGAACCACCUCAACCAACUGCACCCUGACCGCAGCCCUGAACAAGACCGCUAUCAGGAGAAAGCACAACAGCUUACAGAGAGAUGGAGUGGAGUGAGCAGGCAAAUGGAGACCCGGCAAGCAGAUCUGGAGAUGCUGGGUUCAGUGCUGCAGCAGUACAGAGAAGGCCACACCUCUCUUAUCCACUGGAUAGAGGAGACCACCAAAAAACAGGAGAACACGCAACCUGAGCAGACGGACAGCAGGGCUUUGUCAGAACAGCUCGCACAGCAGACGGCCUUGGUGGCUGAGAUAGAACAGAACCAGGUCAAACUGGAUGAAUGCCAGACGUACUCUAAACAGUACUGUGCUGCUGUUAAAGACUAUGAACUCCAACUUAUGACGUUCAGAGCUUUUGUUGAAUCAACCCAGAAGUCCCCUGUGAAGAGGAGGAGGAUGCACUCUUCAUCAGAUGUCAUCACACAGGAGUUUAUGGAUUUACGUACACGCUACACAGCUCUGGUUACCCUGACAACGCAACAUGUCAAGUAUAUUAGUGAUGCACUACGGCGACUAGAGGAGGAAGAGAAAGAGGUGGAAGAGGAGAGGCAGGCAAGAGUGGGGCAGGUCUCAGAGCUGCUCGGCUGGGUCAAGGGCCUACAGGAGCGCGCUGGCAGAUCUCCCGAGCCAUCACUUGCUGCACAGCAGGCUAUUAGUGAGCAGUUAGCAGCUAAAAAAGAAGAAGUUGCUGAAGCUAUCAGGAGCACCCAAGUUUUCCUGAUGUCAAAACAGGCCAGCAAGCUGUCUCCUGAAGAGCGCGCACAGGUGGUCUCCCAGCUGGAUGAGCUGACGGCCACCUACACUCAACUGUGUGACAGUUCUGCCGCACAGUUGCAACAACUGGAGGAGCAGCAGGCCAAAGAGGAGAAGCGCAAGGGCCAAGAAGUCAUCGCUGGAGUAAUUGACCUUGGCACCAUGGAAACCUUUCCAGUUUUCCAGGCAGCACAGUGUGGUCUCAUAGACCAAGACACCUGUCAUGUACUGUUGGAGGCACAGGUCGUCAUGGGUGGUCUAUUCCAAUAUGACUCCCCUGAUAAAUUGUCAUUAGAUAAGGGUCUUUCCAGCGGUUUGAUUGAUAAACAUACUUACCAAUCACUGGAAGAGUUAGAGACUGCCCUUGGUCUUGUCAACACAGUAAAAUUUGCAGAGGGUCAGGAAUUACCAGUCGCCACUGCUAUGAGAGAAGGUGUCAUAAAGGAGCUGGUGGGACUACGUAUACUUGAGCUGCAGAUAAGCACUGGCAGCCUGAAGUUUGGUUCCAAUGGAGAAAUGGUCAGCCUGGAUAAUACAAGAGAAAAGGGAUUGUUAUCUCCUGAUCUUUGUCAAAAGCUGCAAUCGUGUCUUCAACGGCGAGAACUAAUUGAUCCAAAUACAGCAGAAAAACUAAGUCUGGUUGACUUUCAACAGCGUUGUGUUGUCAAUCAAGAGACGGGUCUGCGCUUCUUUCCAGUUAAACAGAAGCCAGGAGGAACUGUCUGCUUAUGCUCUGGCAGAAAGGUGGGAAUAUUCUGUGCUGUUCAAGAGGGACUUAUCGACCGGCAUGUCACAGUUCGACUUCUGGAGGCUCAGUUGUUUGCUGGAGGUAUCACAGACCCCCGCUCGGGACACAGAUUGACUGUUAAUGAGGCUGUCCGGCAUGGCCUAAUGGAUCAGGACUUGGCCUGCACCCUCAUGACACGGCAGCUACAAGCAGGGGGAAUAAUAGAUCCAGUCAGUGGGGAACGUCUAGAGUUGGAUGAGGCCAUAAAAAGAGACCUUCUGUCUCCUCGCAUAGCCUUACGUGUACUGGAAUCUCUCCAGUCUUUCAUGGAAAUAAUGUGGCCAGAAUCAGGGGAGUUGCUUCCUAUAAGUGAGGCACUUCAGCAGGGUGUUGUCAAUAGAGAGCUUGCUGCAAAAGCCCUGAGAAAACGUCAUUCUGUUGGUGCAGUAUAUCUUCCUGAGAGUGGACAGGUGGUCCCUCUGAAUCAAGCUGAUAAGAUACUUAAGCCACAGGCAGUGGAGGUCCUAAAACAGAUCCAGGUUCCAGAUGUCCUUCCCAAUGUGUCACAGUCAAGUUUCUCAUAUAUGAAGCGACUGAGUUCUGGAUCUGCCUAUUCUUCAUCACCUCCUGCCUCACAUGCAGAUGUCAAUUAUGACUUUUCCAUCAUGGAGGAAGGUAGGUCAGAAGAACAGGUUCAGUGCCACCUUCUCACUCAAGUGAUGACACACAGCUACAUUGAUGCUCACUCAGGAGAACGCCUAGUGCUACUAGAACCAGAACUGGUAGAACUAAUAUGUGAAAAUGUUAAAACCACAAACCUUGUCAGACCAGUCCAACACAAAAUCUCUGAUAACAUAGCUUCACUGGACAGUAAAGCUAUUAGUGGGAUUGAAGAGGAAGAACAUGAAGAACCCAAAAUUAUACAAUAUGAAAUUGCCUGCAAGGACUCUUAUUUGGAAGAGACUAUAGAAAUGGCAGGGGAAGAUCUUGCACCUUUGAUGGUCACCAACAAAACCUUUAAAGAGCCUUUGCAUAAAGUAGAUUUACAAGAGAAAGUUCUAUCAUCAGAAAUGUAUGAACAACCCAAGAUAAACGGUAAAACUGCCUGCAAGAUCACUGAUAUAGGAGAGACAGUAGAAAGAAUAGAACAAGAUCUUGCACCAUUGACAGAAACGAACGUAACCUUUAUAGAGCUUUCAAAUGAAGAGAUUCAAGAAGAGGUUUUGUUUGACAAGAAGAACACUGACAUGAGUAAGACAAUAGAAGGAGCAGGGGAAGAUCUUGCAUGCUUGACAGGCACAGACAGAACUUUUAUAGAGCCUUCACAUGUAGAGGUUUGGCAGAAGAACGUUCUAUCAUCAAGAGAAUGCGAAGAACCGAAGAUUAAAAAAGAAGAAAUUGAGAGCAAUAAUUAUGGUGUGGGUGAGUGUAUCGAACCGGCAGAGAAAGAUUUUCCACACUUGGCAAGUAAAGACAGACCCUUUAAAGUGCCUUCACAUAAAGAGAACUGCCAAGAGAAAGUUCUGUCACCAGGAGGACAUGAAAAACCCAAGGUUUUAAAGGGUAAAAUUGCCUGGACAAACACUGAUGUAACUGAGACAGUAGAAAGAGUAGAGGAAGAUCUUGCACCCUUGGCAGGCACAGCCAGAGCUUUUAUAGUGCCUUUACAUAAAGAGUACUUACAAGAGCAAGUUCUAUCAUCAGGACAAUAUAAAGAACCCAAGAGUAAAAAAGAUGAAACUGUCAGGAAGAAGACUAGCAUUGGUGAGACACUAGAAAGACCAGAGGAGGAUGUUGUAGCUCUAACAAGCUCAGAAAUAACCAUUAUAAAGCCUACUCAUGAAGUUGUUUGGCAAGAGGGAGUUCUGUCAUCAGAAGAAUAUGAAGAACCCAUGAUUAUGAAAGGUCAAAUUGCCUGGAAGGACACUGGUAUGGGUGAGAUGAUAGAAAGAACAGAGAGGGAUCUUGCACCCUUAACAGGCACAGAAGAAACUUUUAUGGAGCCCUCACAUGUGGUUUGGCAAGAGAAAGUUCUGUCAUCAGGAGAAUGUGAUGAAUCUACAAUUUUAAAAGGUAAAAUUGCCUGGAAGUAUGCUGAUUUGAGAGAGACAAUAGAUGGAGCAGAAGGAGAUCUAGCUUCCUUGACAGGCACAGAAGGAACUUUAAUGGAGCCUUCACAUGAGGUUUGGCAAGAGAAAUUUUUGUUAGGAGAAUGUGAUGAACAUAAGAUUAAAAAAGAUGAAAUUGACAGUAAAAACACUGAAAUGGGUGAGACUAUAGAAAGAGCAGAGGAAGUGUUUCCACUCUUGACAGCCACAGUAAAAGCCUUCAUAGAGCCUUCACAAGAAGAGUACUGGCAAAAGAAUGUUCUGUCAUCAGGACAAUAUGAAGAGCCCAAGAUUAAAGUAAAUAAAACUGCCAACAUGAAGACUGAUCUGGGUGAGACUAUAGAAAUGACAGAGGAGCAUCUUGCACCCUCAACACAGAUAGACCUAAACUUAACAGUGCCUUUUCACACAAGCUCAACCCUACUGAAGACUAUGUCAGAUAAAGGGGCGCCCUCUCAGAAUCAAAUUAUAGAUUCAAUAUUAAAUGAAUCUGAAAAUAAGCAAACACUUGACCUGGAACAAGCAGAUAGCAGUGGGGUAUUUCUAGAGAUAACGGAACAAAAAAUGUUUGACAUGAGUGAAAGCAGUGCACAUACUUCACUACAAGAUACUGAAAACAUAAGACAGUAUGAUCAGCUGAAUGUCAAACCAGAUGAAGCCAUGGCUGCAAAACAGCCAGAGCAACUAAAGAAAAUGGUUGAACACAAGGAAAAUAAAAGGAUCUUUUAUCAGCCGGGUAAAGAUGAGAAACUAUACCCUUCAGAAAGGAAGACUUUGUCAGUGGAACUAAGUGAUGAUGAUGAUGUGAAGCUUGGGAGUAUGGCAAUGGAUCUGCAACAAGGGGGUCUUGUAACUGUAGGUGGCCAGAAAGUUCUCUUGGAUGAAGCUCUGGCACAGGGUUUGCUUCCAGGGCACACUGCUAUUAAGCUAAUGGAAAAAGCUGGAUUUUUUGGUGGUUUUCUGGAUAUUAAAACCUGUAAGUCACUUAGUGUUGGGGAUGUGAUGCAAGAAGGCCUGUUGGAUGAGGACUUGAUGGCCUGUGUUCUUCAUUCAGAAAAGAUAUUAGCCGGUGUGAUUGAUGUGGAUCAUGGUCGGCUCUGCUCAGUAAAGGAAGCUGCUGAGGCAGGCCUGUUGGACUCUGAUACAGCUGCUCGACUUCUUGAAGCCCAGGUUGUGUCAGGGGGAAUAGUUGACCUACAAAGAGACAAGAAGGUAUCAGUUACCCUUGCAGCCAACCUUGGGUUGAUUGAAGAAGGUAUGAAAGAGAAGCUUCUUUCACUGGAAAAGUCAUGCAGAAGAAAAUGUUCAGAUCAAAAUGCAGUGCAAAACAAGUUGGCACUACAGUUACAAAUGAAAGGAGUGGUGGACCCAAAAACCAAAAAGCCUGUCCCACUGGAACAAGCCCUUCAAACUGGUUUAAUUGGACAGGAUGAGGCUCAGAUGAUUCUAUGCCAGCAGGUUGCAGAAGGUGGCAUUGUGCAUCACGGCUCUGGUGUUCGCCUUGCUGUUGUGGAUGCACUACACCUGGGUCUCAUAGAUCACACAGUCGCUCCAAAGUUGAUGGAACUGGAAAAGGCUUUCAAAGGCCAAGAGCCAUGUAGAUUGGAUCAAGAUGCUUCAUUUCUUCAGGCCUCUACAGGUUCUAUUUAUGAUGAUGUAUCAAAAAGCAGGAUUACUUUGAGCGAGGCUGUUUCUAAAGGCCUUCUAGAUGAUGAAACGGCAAAUAAAGCUAUGGCCUCUCCCAAUGUGAAUAGCGGAUUGUUGGACCCUCAUAAAGCUUGUGUCGUGUCCUACUCUGAGCUGAUAAACCAGGGUAAAAUUGACAUUGAGACGGGACAGAGAUUCCUUGAAGUGAGACCUUUCAGGGGUGUUCCACAUAAACAAACUGAUGAAAUGAUGACCUUACCACAGGCAAUUAAGGCAUGCCAAGUAGAUCCCAUACCAGCAGUGAGAGUAUUGCAGAGUCAAGCAGAUACAGGGGGUAUCAUUAACAUUUAUAGUGGAGAGCGUUUGCUUCUUCCAGAGGCUAUAAAUAAAGGCUUAAUUGAUAAAGACAUGGCUAAAUGUAUUGCUACAAAUCAACUCUUGAAAGGGGGGUUGCUCAGUCCAUCCAGUGGACAGAGGGUCUCCAGCAUUACUGAGGCAGUUGAAUAUGGGCUUAUUUCUACAGAAAUGGCUGCAGAACUUCAACACAGCACGAGCCUUGUAGAUGAAGAUGAGUGGAAAAGUUCCAAAAUUCCAGCUUCCUCAACGAAAGGACCAUCUACUUCUUUUUUUCCUGAGAUGAUAUCAGAGCGGGUCAGUCCUAAUAAAAUGUCACUUGAGAAAAGUCUAUUGAGUAUACCAUCACCACCAUCAUCAUAUCUUACAGAGGCUGAAAUAAAAGAUGCAGAUCUUCUGAAAGAAAAGGAGCUUGAAUCUUUUGAUGUUUGUUCUGAUUUAGAUAGCAAGGAACAAAUGGUUGAUCCAGUGAUACAGGACAGUAAUGAUAUAUCAUUGGAGGUUCUGACAGAAUUUACCUUGAAAGCAGAAAAAAGACUUCAGCAGGCCAUUAAAGAGAUAAAGCCCACAGAAAGCGAAUAUAUAAAAUCACAGCCAAUCCAAAGCCCUGAGAAACCUGAAGAGAUUACUGACAUUAGAUUGCAAAAGGUGGAAGUUAAGAACUCAACAGCUUUACUUGACGACACCACAGAGUUGGAAAUCCAGAGGCAGACCGUAAAUAAAUCUGCAGUUUUUAAUGCCAUAUUGUUAGAAAGCAGUGAUAACAGCAAUGAACAAGUCUCAUCAACAGAGCAAACAAAAGGAGAGAGAGAGAUCCAAAGGCAGACAGUAAGUGAAUCUGCAAUCUCUAAAGUCAGUUUAUCAGACACUGAUGAUGGCUUGCAAAACAAGGAACAAACCCCAUCUAUAGAGCAAAUAGAAGGGCAUAGUUUCAAACUAGAAGCAGAUCAGUCAGUGUCAGAGAAAAUCAAGGACAGCCAGGAGACCGGAUUUGAUCCUUAUGCUUCUACACCCAGGCCAGUUAAGGCAUCAGGAAAAAAGAAAGGCAGAGGCAAAAAUGUUAAGCAAGCUAAAAUGGAAAGUGAUGUAAAGCCACAAGUUUCAGACACCUUAGCCAGGAUUUCACCUAUAGAAAAAGCAGUUGAUGAUGGACAAGGUGGCUUUACCACUAGUCAAAAGCCUAUUAUGAAAGACGACGAAGAGAAGGUGAUUGAAGUACAGCUAUCAGAGACAUCCCAUGCAAGUGGUAUCCUUACAUCUGUGACAGGGAGUGAUGAGACUGCGCAAGGCAAAUAUUUGGAAAUAGGUGUGGAUAGAACUCCUAAUGAAACUAAAACCUCCAAACGUGAGUCUGAUCAUGAAAGCAAUGCAAGACAGAAAGAGAAGACUCUAACACAGCACAGUGUCACAACUUCCAUGGCAAAAACUGACCAGGGUCAGGAGGCUAUUGAGGUCUCUAAGGACCUCGCCACUGAUAUAUCAGAAAAGAAGAGAAAGAAGAAAAGCAAAAGUAAAAAAGUUAAGCAAGUGUGUAUUGUUGAAGCAGAAGGAGUACAGAAAAAAGAUGAUGAGACUGAAAAAGAGCAUAAGACUGUGAUCCAUGAGGUUGAACCUCAAAGCAGUCAAUCAGAUGAGAAAGACAGUAUGAAGCAACUUGAGAAAGCCAAUCAGGCAAUGGCACAGAAGGAAAUACUUUUGAUGAAAGCGAAGGAAAGCAUUCAACAGGAAGAAGAUCGGCAUGACAAACAUACAAACACUGGAUUAAGUGGAGAUUAUAUGGAUUGGAAUAUUCCAUCUAUGAAAACCUCUGAUGACAUUGUGGACAUAAACCAGAAAGAACUGGUUCUAAUCCAGAAUUUAGAAGGGGAAACCAAAGAAAGAACAGCAGAAGAACAAAGCAUUGAGCCAUUAUAUACAGACGAAAUGUUGAUAGACCCUAUGAGUGAAUUGACCUUGCCAUCAAGCACUGCAGUGACUGACAGCCAUGAAAUUGCUAAAUCAGUACCCCUCAAAUGUGUCUUAGACAUCCCGGCAGUGAAGGACCCCAAAGCACUUCCAUCAAGUGAGUUGUGUACUCCUUUACAAAAAACCCAAACAGCAGUGAAAAAGGUAACCAGUGAAGUUCAUCAAGAAAGAAUCGAGGAGCCCCCUUUCAGUGAUUAUGAAGGCACAGAUGAACCUUCUAUCCAACAAUGUAAAGUUUCUGGUCUACCCCAUGUGGAGGUGAUCCCAGAGUCUUAUACCAAACAGAAAAAAGAGGUGGAAGAAUAUGCAGAGGCUUUAGUGGAACCGCAGCCUGGAGAAGUUCAAAUGAAUAUUGAACAAAUAAGAAAAGACACCACAAAAGCUAGCAAGUCCUCACUGGCUCGCCAAGAGUGCUUAGAACAUGAUCAACAGAUUGUGGCCUUGCUUUCUAUGGUGAGACACGUUGAGGUCCGCCUAAAGCAGCAGCAGCAACAGUCUGUUGGUCGAGGUCUCGCCACAAUCGAUGACAUUAUCAAACAGACAGAGAUGCUUUUUCUGGAAAUUAGUGACCUGGAACCAGAAGUGCACAAGGAGACUGAAGCAGCUACACAGCUGCUGGAGUCUUCUCCUCAGGAUGUUCCGCCUCAGCUGCUUACAGCCCUAGAAAAAGAUGGGCGAAGCUUAGCUCGGGCUCACAGUGCAGCUAGGGACCUUGCCCAGAAUACUUUGCAGGGGUUACGAGCACAACGUGAUGCACAAAACGAAGCUGUAAGCAGUCAGCUGAAAUCUUUACAAGAGCAAGUUGAUAAACUUCUUAUCUGGCUUAAGGAGACUGAGACACAAAUGCAGGAAGAAACAGGGGUACAUGGACAGACGGUGGCCGAGAUCACUCGAAAGCAACAGUUGUGCAAAAAGUUACAGAACUCUCUUGCAGCCCGCUCCAAUGAAGUCAGCAAUGUGGCAUUCAGUAUUCAGGUGUUUAUCUCUGAGCAUGCUCAGGACCUGUUGCCUGAUCAGAGCAGGCAUCUCCUUGGACAACUGGAGCAGCUACAGAGGGUCUUUCACCAAGCUGUUGGUCUCAAUCAUGCCAGGGCAGAGGCACUAUCAGCCCAGCAGGCGAGAGAGAACGAACAAAUGAGGAAAGAACAGAAAGAAAAGGAAGAGAAAAUGGAAAAAGAGAGACAAACUGCAAGGGAUAGAGAGGUUGUGCAGAAGCAGAAGGCAGAAUGCUGUCAAAAACUGGAGAAUCUCACAAUGUGGUUGGCUGGUGCUGCCAGCCUCUUGGCCAAUCAGAGAGUUGGAACUGAGUCAGAUGAUGUGAACCAGUUACAGCAGAAGCAAAGAGACCUUAAGGAGGUGGAGAAGGACCUUCAGACCAAAAGUGAGUUGUUGUAUGAGACUAUCCACUCAGUGGAGGAGUUCCUGUCUGAGCGGGGUGACAGUUUGAGUCCUGAAGAGAGGGCCAAACUACAGGGGACUCUUUCACAAAUGAAAGAGCAGCACAGCUCACUUACAAACUCAGUCCGCUCUUCACUAGCGAAAGUAGACACUGCUAUUGUCACAACACUGCAACAGAACACACAGAGAGCUAAAGCAGAGGAGCAGAUGCAGGAGACACAGGAAAAAAUAGACACACUUCUCAGAGAAUUGUCAUCACUAGAUGACUCAAAGAGGAGGUCACUUGGCAACACUGUCACUGACACCCCAUCAUCUGUACCUCCGGAGAAUGCUCUAAAUUCUCACAGUAGCAUGCUUCAGACUGAGCUGCAGCAGUUACAAGCUCAACAGGCUCACCUUCAGCAGGUGGCCCAGUCUGUCCGCUCUCUCCUGGAACAGCCCGACUCCAGUGUGCCACCAGAGGAGAAACAACGCUUACAAGCAAAACUAGAACAACUACAGAAUCAGCAUCAGGAGCACCUUCAGAACUGUCAGGACAGGCUGAGGCGGGCAGAAGCCCUCCGAGACGAGUUUGCCAAGUUUGUGCAGGAGCAUGGGAACCUAGGGACAUGGCUGGAUCAGAGUGAACAGGAGCUACGUUCACUCGGUGAAGGGGAAACUGAUGCAAAGGGCCUAAAAGAUAGGAUUGAGGAGCACAAAAAGCUUGCAGAAGAUGUCAUCUGUCACAAAGCAGAUCUGCGCUUUGUGACAAUCUCUGGGCAGAAGGUUCUGGAUUCUAUCCAGGGGGCCUUGGAGAAGGUGGGCAGUACGGAUCCAGCUCUGGAGGAAACCAGACACCUAGUGAGUGGCAAGCUCCAAGAUGCCACACAGCGCUACAGUUCAUUACACAGCAAGUCCUCAGAGCUUCGCACCCGUCUCUCAGGUCUCCUGGAGCGAUACCAACACUACCAAGAUGAGGCUGGUUCUUUAAUCUCCUGGAUGAGCACUCAGGAGCAAAAUCAGAGUGUAUUUAAACCCAGCGGAGAAACAACAGACACUCAGACAUUGCAGCAUACGCUCAGUACUGUACAGCUUAUGCAGGAUGAGUUGGCAGAGCGUUCGGUACAGCUUGAGAAGGUCAAGAGGGCAGGAAAAGAGCUGGUCAGCACUCAGGAGUCCCCAACUCUCAAAAAUGCAGAUAUUAACAAUCUUACAGAUACUCUGGAGAAGCGCUUUGAAAUCCUGUCUAAUUCAGUGUCAGUGAGAGCCGAACAGCUUCAAACAGCUGUUGCCCAAUCAGUCAGCGUGCAGGAGGGGCUUAAAGCACUGCUGGCAUGGUUAGAUGGACUACCUUUAUCACCUGGCGCAGUCCAGGCCACCGCUCAAGCAGUUCAGGAUGCCCUGACACAAAAUCAGAAAAUACGUCAAGAGCUGCUUUCAAGGCAGGGUAGCGUGGAUGCGACUUUGGACUCUGUAUCCAAGCUUCUGAAGUCCGCAGAUGCAUCGACAGCCUCUGGCCUGCAGGGGGCACUACAGGACCUGAGUGAGCGCUACACAGCGGCCCAGGCCAAACAGGCUGAAAGAGAGACUGAGUUGCGAGGACUUUUGCCCAAGUUGGAGAGCUUUGAGCGCCAGGGUGCAGAUCUCCGCAGCUUUACACAGAGUCGAGAAAGGGCUCUCAGCCCAGUAGGCCAACCUGACUGCAGUGUGGAUGACUACAGACAGACAAUAGAGGAGGUGAGAUCAGAAAUUACCCAAGAGUCAAGUCAAUUAGAGUCAUUUGUCGAGCUUGGUUCAGACCUAAGCCAGUCUGGGAUCCUUUCCAAUGUACAAAGCCUUCUGGACACAACCAAAGAGGUUUCUGAGGACUUUGCACGCUUGGAAUCCAAUGUCAAUGAGAGAUUUGAUUCCAUCCAGAGCUGCGUCCAGCAACUGGCAGAGUUCCGCUCUCGCUCUGGCUCCCUCCUCAGGUGGCUGCAGACAGCACAAGAACAACUUCCUGCCAAAGAGCCCAAUCUUAGCACAGAAAGCCUGCAGAGAAGAGCACAGCAGCUUAAAGAUCUACUCACAGAAUGGGAGACCCAAGGAAGCCAAGUUCAGGAGUUGAACAAGACCAGUUCUCAACUGGAGAACUUGAUUAUUAACAUAACAUCCCCCAAGAAAAAAGCUGGUGUUUCCCAGCUCAAUGGUGCUACCAGUCCCAGCAGUGUUAAUGGCAUUCACACCUGUAAAGACUUGACUGAGAUCCAGGUGGCAGUGGCAGAUGUGAACUGCAAGUAUGAGCAGCUGGGCAGUGACCUGAGGGAAAGGAAGGGUAGGCAAGAGGCCUCUCUUGACCUGCGGCAGAAGGCCAGGCAGGGCACUGAGGCACUCAUCCAGUGGCUGAGCCCCCGUGAACAGAGCCUGGAACAAGGGCAGACCACCUCACCUUCUCGGCCAGAGGUGGUACGUGCUCAAGCCCAAGAGACUAAGGUUUUGCUUUCUGAACUUGCCGAGCAUUCUGGGAAAGUGGAGGAUCUGAAGAACAUUCUCAAGCAGCUAAUAACAGAUAAUCCAGACUCUCCUGAAGCUGAAACAUGGGAACAUCAGCUUGAAGACAUAGACUCACGUUGGACGAAGGCCAAUCAGACUGCCGCACAGAAGCAGACUGAAUUGGAGGUGUGUGCUGAUAGACUUGGUAGUUUUGCUGCAGCAGCCAGUCAGCUAGGACCAUGGCUACGAGAGAAAGAGCUGAUGAUGAGUGUAUUAGGCCCACUGAGUAUUGACCCCAACAUGCUCAACACACAGAAACAGCAAGUGCAGUUCAUGCUACGUGAGUUUGAUACGCGGCAACCCCAGUUUGAUCAGCUGACUCGGGCAGCAGAGGGAAUCCUCUCCCCGACUGGAGACGAGAGUUCUAGAGAUGGACAGGACCUAGAGGAGGUGAGGCAGGAGCUUGCAGAUAUUUCACAGCAGUGGGAAGACCUCACCUCUCGUCUCACCGGCCGCUCACAGCAGAUCGACCAGGCGCAGGGAACCAGCGAGCGCUACCUGGCCCUGCUCAGGCAGCUGUCUCAGAGCGUGGCUGAUCUAGGUGAGAGGCUGGAUGCACAGGCCUCUCUAAGUGCUCAGCCAGAAGCCCUGCGCCGUAGGCUUCAGGAGACUGGCGAGAUCCGUGCUGAGCUGGAACAGAGACGGGGUCAACUGGCCCAGGCUGAGCAGCUGUGUUUGGAGCUCAGUACAAUUGUGGCCGAACCAUAUCUCAGAGAGGAGUUACACAAGAGAUUGGAGAGUGUGAGCGGGCCCCUCAAAAACUUAGAAGAACGGGCAGCUGAUGGCUUGUCCCAGCUGCAGGCUGCCCUAUCCAGCACUCAGCAGUUCCAGCAGAUGUUUGACGAGCUUCGUGGCUGGUUGGACGGGCAGGCUGGGAAUCACACAGCUGGGGAUUCUGCAACCCUUCCUUGCCAACCUGAUGCUCUAAAGACACUUUUGGCCCAACAAGAGGAUCUCCAGCGAGCCAUAGCACAACAACGUGGAUCCUAUGAGCUCAUCCAGGCUGAGGGGACAUCUUUGCUAGCAUCCCUCCCUGCUGGAGAUGAGCGAUUAGCCCUACAGACUCGAUUAAACACCAUAAGGCAAGACUGGGAGGGCAUGAACCAACAAACCUCUAAUAAACAUAGUCGAAUAAAAGAGACACUGUCCCGUGCUGAGCUGUACCAACAACAUCGCAAUGACCUUGUACCUUGGGUUGCAGAAUGUGAGGAAAGGGAGGCAGAGAUCCACCCAUCACUGGAUCCCUCCGCUUUAGACCAGGCUUUGCAAAAGGCUAGACAGUUGAGCCUAGACUUGGAUCGUCGUCGCCGCCUCUUAGAUUCUCUGAACAAGGCAGCAGAUCAGCUGCUGGAGCAGAGCUGUACUGGUGAAGAGGAAGUGAUGGAUGAAAAAGCCCAGCUUAAUCGCAGGAUAGAAGGUCUCUCUGAGCGACUACAGGGACGCACGGCUCAGCUAGAAGAGUUGGGAAGCAGACUGAAGGAGUUUGAAGAUGGAAGACUGGUUGUGGAGAGAAGACUCGAGGCAGCCAGGCAUCAAAUCGAGGUUCAGGAGGCGCUUGGGCCGCAAGCUUGUAGCAACAAAAGCCUGGAGCGUCUUCGUAGCCAGCAAGAACUCUUAAACUCUGUACAGCCACAGGUGGUAUACCUGCAAAAUCUGGCUCAGGGGCUGCUGCAGGAUGCGCCCGAGAUCUCCAGGGCCGGCGAAGAUGGUGGCCAGAGGCUGUUGCAGCAAGCUCGUGAUACGGAAAGAGAGUUUGAAGAAGUUACUGAGAAGACAGAGCAAUGCUGCUUAUCCUUGGAGUCCCGGUUGCAAGGUGUGGGAGAAGUCCAGUCACGUGUUCGAGAUGUUUUCUCCCGCCUGGCUGAUUUGGACGACGAGUUGGACAGCCUUAGCCCUGUGGGACGGGAUACUGACUCCUUGGCCUCACAGGCUGAUGCUGUCAGGGGCUUCCUGAGUCGACUCGGUGCCCUCCGUGCCGAGCUGGAGAGUCAUGGUGGAGAAUGCACGACUAUGCUGCGUAGAGAGGGAAGCUCUCCUGAUCUUCUGGCCCUCAGGAGAGAGACUGAAGCACUAAGCAGACAGGCAGGCAAGCUGGCAGAGCGGGGCCAGAACCGCCUUUCACUCAUAGAAGCCGCAGAAGAGCGCAUGAAGGAGUUCUACACCCGUCUAGCUGACCUACAAGGGUUGCUGGGCCGGGCAGAGGAGGUGCUGAACACACAGGCCGUCGUGGGGACAGAAGUGGAGGUCAUCAAACAGCAGCUUCAGGAAUUCAAGGCCGUAGAAAGGGAGCAGAUAGACAGCAUUCAGCCUAAACUGCAACAUGUCAACGCUGUGGGUCAAGGUCUUAUCCAGAGUGCAGCCAAACACACUGACACUCAGGGCCUGGAACAUGACCUGGAGACCACCAACCUGCGCUGGAACUCCAUCAACAAGAGGGUUGCUGAAAGAAUCGCACAGCUGCAGGAGGCCCUGUUGCAUUGUGGGAAGUUCCAAGAUGCACUGGAGCCACUCUUGAGCUGGCUUAGUGACACAGAGGAGCUCAUAGCCAAUCAGAAACCUCCGUCUGCAGAGUACCGUGUGGUCAAGGCACAAAUCCAGGAGCAGAAGCUGCUGCAACGGUUACUGGAUGACCGCCUUGGGACAGUAGAAAUGAUCAGGGCAGAAGGAGAGCGAAUCGCUUCUACGGCCGAGACACAAGACAGAGACAAAAUCCAGAAACAUCUUAAGAGCCUAGAAGAGAGAUGGACAAAUCUGCUGGAAAAGGCCAGUGCCAGGCAGCAGCAGCUAGAGGAGCUGCAGGUGUUAGCGUUGCAGUUCCACGAGGCAGUGGAGCCACUUGGUGAGUGGUUGAGCGCAACAGAGAGACGUCUGAGCUCCGCUGAGCCAAUGGGAACCCAGACCUCCAAAAUCACACAGCAGAUUGUAAGGCACAAGGCUCUUCAAGAGGAGGUAUCCUCUCGGGAGAAUGGUGUAAACCAUCUUGAGACUCUCAGUCAAUCACUUCAUCUGCUCAGCUGUGUGGCUGAUCGUGAUUGGCUGGGUGAACGUGUGGCGGCAGUGCGCAAUGGGCACAAGGAGCUGCAUGAUUGGUGCAAUCGGAGAGAGGCCAUGCUGGAGCAGGCCCUGGCCAAUGCACAGCUAUUUGGAGAAGAAGAAGUGGAAGUCCUUAACUGGCUAGCUGAGGUGGCGCAGAGACUGGCUGAGGUCUCAGUGCAGAGUUAUCAGCCGGAGCUACUAGAGCAGCAACACAAACACACACUGGCUCUUAAUGAAGAGAUUAUCAGCAGGAAGAAGACAGUGGACCAAGCCAUUAAGAAUGGACAGGCUCUGCUUAAACAAACUACUGGUGAGGAGGUACUGUUGAUUCAAGAGAAGCUAGAUGGCAUCAAAAGCCGCUAUGCAGAGAUGACAGCAGGCAGCAGCAAGGCCCUCCGUACUCUUGAACAGGCCCUUCAGUUGGCCACGCGAUUUGCUAGCUCGCACAAUGACAUCAGCCAGUGGUUGGAAAUACUGGAUCAUUAACUAAACAACAUUAAUCCAUACACAACACCAACAUAAAAGAACAUACAAAAUAUUACUAGGAUGAUGCCUCAGGAGCUGAAGUGCGUGUCUGCUGAGAAGAGGUUAGUUCUGGACACAGUGAAUGAGGUGGGCAGUGCUUUACUGGAUCUGGUACCCUGGCGUGCACGGGAAGGCCUCGACCGCCUGGUCGCCGAUGCCAAUCAGCGUUACCGCCAAGCGGAUGAGACCAUCACACAGAGAGUGCAGUUAGUGCAGGCUGCCAUCCAAAGGUCACAGCAGUAUGAGGAGGCAGUUGAUGCAGAGCUGACCUGGGUUGGAGAGACAGAGAGGAAGCUGGCGUCUCUGGGACCUCUGAGUCUGGAGCCUGAUGUGACUGUGGCACAGCUCCAAGUGCAGAGAGCCUUUAACAUCGAUAUCAUCCGUCACAAAGAUACUGUGGACCAACUCCUUAAGACACGAGAGGAUAUCCUGGAGAGCUGCAGUGAACAGCAGAGAGAGGCUUUGAAGGUGAAGACAGACUCUUUAAGUGCUUGUUAUGAAGCAGUAAAUCAGAGUCAUGCUGAGCGCUUCUCAGCUCUAGAGCAGGCUCAGGUCCUGGUAGCACGGUUCUGGGAGACGUAUGAGGAACUUGAACCCUGGCUGGGCGAGACCGAGACCCUGAUCACCCAGCAACCCCCUCCCGCCAUUGACACAGAAGCGCUCAGACAACAGCAAGACCAGAUGAGGCUUUUGAGAGAGUCCAUCUCUGAGCACAAGCCUCACAUAGAUAAACUGCUAAAGAUCGGUCCGCAGCUGGCAGAACUCAGUGCCCAGGAAGGGGCAACAUUGAGACAACGUUAUAAUGAAGCAGAGAGACGUUACCUCAACAUCAAAGAGGAGGUCAAAAGUCGAGCCACAGCGCUGGAUGAAGCAGUGUCACAGUCUGUCCAGUUCCACGAUAAGAUGGACCCUCUUUUGGAGACUCUGGAAGGUGCAGUUCAACGCUUGCGGCAGCCACCUCCAGUGGCGGCUGAGGUAGAGAAGAUCCGGGAGCAACUUGCGGAGCACCGGGCUACAGGACUAGAGCUGGACAAACUCCUUCCAUCUUUCAGCGCCCUGUGUGCCCGAGGAGAAGAGCUCAUCGGUCGCGCCCCACACGACGAUCCUGCCGCUCAGGCGGUGCAUUCGCGACUCUUACGACUGCGUUCUCUGUGGGAUGAGAUCAGGCAGAGGGCAGAGGAAAGAGAAGGAAAGCUUCAGGAUGUUCUAGAUCUCUCCGGAAAGUUCUGGGCCGACAUGGCCGCUCUGCUGAGCACACUUCGUGACUCUCAGGAUAUUGUGAAAGAUCUGGAGGACCCAGGGGUGGAUCCUUCACUUAUAAAACAACAAAUAGAGGCAGCCGAGGCCAUUAAGCAAGAGACAGAUGGGCUGAGGGAAGAACUGGAGAUCGUACGAACUCUUGGAGCUGACCUCAUCUUUGCCUGCGGAGAGAUUGAGAAACCAGAGGUCAAGAAAACCAUCGAUGAGAUGAAUGCCGCCUGGGAAGGCUUGAACCGCACGUGGAGAGAAAGAAUGGAGAGGCUGGAAGAGGCCAUGACUGCCUCUGUGCAGUACCAGGAUGCUCUUCAGGGCAUGUUUGACUACUUGGACAAUGCUGUCAUCAAAUUGUGUGACAUGCCAGCUGUAGGGACAGACCUCAGCACUGUUAAACAACAGAUCGAGGAGCUCAAGCAAUAUAAAGUGGAAGUUUACCAGCAGCAGAUUGACAUGGAGAAGCUUUGCCACCAAGGAGAGCUGCUGCUCAAAAAAGUGAGCGACCAAACAGACCGAGACAUGAUUCAGGAGCCUCUCACUGAGCUACGCCACCUGUGGGAUAACCUGGUGGACAAAAUCACAAUCAGACAGCACAAACUGGAGGGUGCAUUGUUGGCUCUAGGCCAGUUCCAGCAUGCUCUCUCUGAGCUGCAGUCUUGGCUCAGUCACACUUACGCCACACUGGACACCCAGCGACCCAUCAGCUCUGACCCCAAGGCCAUCGAAAUUGAGCUGGCUAAGCAUCAUGUUUUAAGAAACGACGUGCUGUCCCAUCGGGCUACAGUGGAGACGGUGAACAGCGCAGGCUCUGAGCUUCUGGAGUCCAGUCCUGGAGAUGAAAUCAACCACCUGAGAGACCAGCUGGAUGAGCUCAACCGCAGCUGGAAGAACCUUCUCCUGAAGACUGAUGAGAGGCAGAAGCUUUUGGAAGCUGCCCUGCAACAGGCGGAGGGUUUCCAUGGAGAGUUGGAGGAGUUUCUGCUGUGGCUCAGACGCACAGAGAGUCAGCUGUCCGCUGCCAAACCCACAGGUGGCCUGCCUGAGACCGCCAGAGAGCAGCUGCAGCAACACAUGGAGCUCGAGGCUCAAUUGACCCAGAGGAGUGAGCAGUACCAUCGACUGCUGGAUCAGGGAGAGUCCAUUCUGCUGGCCAGAGGAGGGGACGAUGCUGGACCUGGUACCACCCAGACCCAGCAAAACCUGGCCUUGCUACAGAACAAGUGGGCCAGUUUCAAUACCAAAAUGGAUGACAGAAGGGAUAAACUGGAGGAAGCUGUCUCGUUGGCGACAGGAUUCCAGACCUCCCUGCAGGACACCAUAAACUGGCUGACACAGGCAGAGCAGACUCUCAACAUGGCUCAGCCACCCAGCCUCAUUCUCGACACCGUCCUAUUCCAGAUAGAUGAACACAAGGUGUUUGUGAAUGAGGUGAACACUCACAGAGAGCAGGUUCUGGCUCUGGAGAAAGCUGGCUCUCAGCUGCGCUUUGCCAGUCUCAAACAGGAUGUGGUUCUCAUCAAGAACCUGCUGCUCAGUGUACAGGCCCGCUGGGACAAACUGGUGCAGAGAUCACUAGACCGAGGACGCCACCUGGAUGAGGCCCGCAAGAGAGCCAAACAGUUUCAUGAGGCCUGGAGGAAACUGACAGACUGGUUAGAGGAAGCAGAGAGCAGGCUGGACUCUGAGCUGGAAAUCUCUAAUGAGCCUGACAAGAUUAAAAUCCAGCUGGCCAAACAUAAGGAUUUCCAGAAGUCUCUUGGCUCCAAGCAGCCAGUGUAUGACACCACAGUGCGCUCUGGGAAGGCCAUGAGAGACAAGGCCACACUGCCAGCAGACACGCAAAAACUGGACAACUUGUUGGGCGAGGUCCGUGACAAAUGGGACACAGUUUGUGGAAAGAGUGUGGAGAGACAACACAAGUUGGAGGAAGCCCUCUUGUUCUCAGGUCAGUUUGCUGAGGCUCUCCAGGCACUAGUUGACUGGCUGUAUCGUGUGGAACCUCAGCUUGCAGAGGACCAGCCUGUCCAUGGAGAUCUGGAUCUUGUUUCCAACCUAAUGGACUCCCAUAAGGUGUUCCAGAAAGAGCUGGGAAAAAGGACCAGUAGUGUACAGGCUCUGAAGCGGUCUGCCCGAGAGCUGAUGGAGACGGGCCGGGACGACACCGCCUGGGUCAAAGUUCAACUGCAGGAGCUUAGCAACCGCUGGGAAACAGUCUGUGCCCUGUCUGUUUCAAAACAGACUCGCCUCCAGCAGGCCCUCAAACAGGCAGAGGAGUUCCGCACAGCUGUUCAGAUGUUGCUGGAGUGGCUUUCGGAGGCGGAGCAAACAUUGCGUUUCCGGGGCGUCCUGCCAGAGGAGGUAGAGACUCUGCAGGCGCUACUUCACACACACCGGGAUUUCAUGCAGACGGUGGAGGAGAAGAGAGUGGAUGUCAAUAAAGCUGCUGGCAUGGGUGAAGCCAUCCUAGCUGUGUGCCACCCAGACUGCAUCACAACCAUCAAACACUGGAUCACCAUCAUCAGAGCUCGCUUUGAAGAGGUGCUGACAUGGGCCAAACAGCACGAGCAGCGCUUGGAGACGGCCCUGACCGAAUUGCUCAACAAUGCUACACUACUGGAGGAGCUGUUGUCAUGGCUACAGUGGGCGGAGACCACACUGGUGCAGCGUGAUACUGAACCACUCCCCCAGGACAUUACUCAACUGAAGACACUAAUUACAGAGCAUCAGGUGUUUAUGGAAGAAAUGACGCGAAAACAGCCUGAUGUUGACAAAGUGACAAAGACAUACAAGAGGAAACCAGCAGAACAUCCCAGCAGCCUGUCAGACAGGAGAGGGGCCCGAAAACACCAGCAGCAGCAGCAACAACAGCACUCCGUACAGGUAACCGGUGGUAACCCUCGCCUCACCCAGCUCUGCUCCCACUGGCAACAAGUGUGGCUGCUCGCCCUCGAUCGCCAGCGCAAGCUGAAUGAUGCUCUCGACAGACUAGAGGAGCUUAAAGAGUUUGCCAACUUUGACUUUGAUGUGUGGAGGAAGAAAUACAUGCGCUGGAUGAACCACAAGAAGUCUCGAGUCAUGGACUUCUUCCGACGAAUCGACAAGGACCAGGAUGGAAAGAUCACUCGCCAAGAGUUUAUUGACGGCAUCUUGGCAUCAAAGUUCCCUACCAGCAGGCUGGAGAUGACUGCUGUUGCUGAUAUCUUUGACCGUGAUUGUGAUGGUUACAUCGACUACUACGAAUUUGUGGCUGCUUUGCACCCUAACAAAGAUGCUUACAGACCAACAACAGAUGCUGAUAAGAUCGAGGAUGAGGUCACCAGACAAGUGGCCCAGUGCAAGUGUGCCAAGAGGUUUCAGGUGGAGCAGAUUGGAGAGAACAAGUACAGGUUCUUCCUUGGGAAUCAGUUCGGAGACUCACAGCAGCUGCGUCUUGUUCGAAUCCUGCGCAGUACCGUCAUGGUUCGAGUUGGAGGAGGGUGGAUGGCGCUGGAUGAAUUCCUGGUGAAGAACGAUCCUUGUCGAGCUCGUGGACGUACCAACCUGGAGCUUCGAGAAAAGUUCAUUCUUCCAGAGGGUCUGACGGCCUUCCGGUCCCGGGGGCGGCGAUCCAAACCUUCGUCACGCACUGCUUCGCCCACCCGUUCAUCUUCAUCUGCAUCGCACAGUGCCCACAGCUGCGCCUCUCUACCCUCCGCGCCCGCAACGCCCACAGCCUCCUCAAGGUCCUCCCAAUCCCAAUCUCGUGGCUAUGCCAAGCCCUGGCUGGCACACAGUAAAACUCCAACACCAACCAAGUGCCAGUCCUGCCCAGAGCACAGCCAGACCCCUGGGCAUGAGGGAGGCUCCACAUCUAAGCUGAAAAGACCGACUUUCCAUUCAAGCCGUGGCUCCUUAACUGGUGAGAACGGUGGAACACCAACCGCUGCUAAACCUGGACGCUCCGACACCAAACGCACUCCGUCCUCGACGAGCGGCCCAGCCAGUCGAGCGGGGAGUCGUGCUGGAAGCCGCACCAGCAGCCGAAGGGGCAGCGACGCUUCAGACACGUCUGAGCUCAUGGAGACACGCUCUGCUUGCUCCGACACCUCAGACACCCCUCGCCGGCCUGGGGCCAAACCCUCCAAAAUACCCACCAUUUCCAAGAAGGCCCCCAGCCCUAAAACACCAGCGGCCAAGAAAUGAAGUCGCCACCUCAUCAGUCUAUGUGACUGACUCUGAACCAGCAGGAGGAGAACACCAACACCUUCCUCUCUCAGACGGCCAUCGUGCCGCUCAGACGAGACAGGACCAGACUUAACAUCUCUAACACACUGCUACACCACCCAGAUCAAUACCUACCAUAAUGCUGCCUUAUUUGUGUUCUAAAUCAUGUCCUUAAUUUGACUGGCAUUUCGUUUUAUUGAAUGUGCGAUGGAGAGCAUCCUGUUUGAGCAGACAUAUCUACACAGACACUCAGGAGGGACGUCACUUCUGCACCAGAGGUUGUCACUAUUCUUCACUAUGAAUAUGUAACCCUGUCAAAACCUCAUGCAUGGUUAUCACUUUGGACAUGUUUGGUUGGACAAACUCGCCCUUUUCACUGGUAUGCAGACCAGUCUCGCCUGGGUGUCUGUGCCACCGCAAACAAGAGGAAACUGAGACGUUUUCCUCCUGGACACCUGGGACUUUUUGGACUCAUGUAUGUUUGUGUGUAUGAAUGUGUGGUAGUUCCUGUCAUGGUAAAUUAACACAGUAAUACGGAGAGGAAGUGGAGGAGGAUACAUAUCUCUAGCCUUCCCACGGCGUGAACAUUCUUGUGACGAGAAGUCUAGAUCCUUCACGUCACACUUGAUCCUUUUAAAGGAACUCCUAUAGCGCACAGCACACGAGUUUCACGCGCUCGCACUGACGGUCUUCUCCUCUGUGUGUCCUCGCAGUCUAGUUGUCCUUUUGUUAAAGACAUCAUGUUACAGAGCUUUUCCACAGUAUGCAAAAAUGAUAACAAUUGUGAAUGUUUGUUUCAUGGUUAAUUUAUAAUCCUGACAUUUUGUUUCUUUUCUAGAAUAAAGAGCUGUAUUUAUUUGUGAUUGCAGAAGAGUUAUCAUAUCAACUCUUAAGAAUGACUAGUAUUAACACAACAAGAAUCGCUCUUGGUUUUGUUUUUGUACAUCCGCUCCUGACGUAAUGAAUUUCUCUGGCUGAUCAUUUCAGAUGUUAUAACUGACCAGGAAGCUCAAUGAUUCCAAUGGUGGCCUUUUGCCAGUGACUACACACUUUAGAGGACGUCAAAAGUGGCUUCCUUUUUGUUCUUUCGUGACGGAAGCACCCUAAAUAAUAAAUGAUGGGGGUGGCGUGUGUAGCCCCUGUUAAAAACAGCGCUUUGAAUCUUGUCUUUGACAAGCUUAAGUAUAUGAAUACCUGAAGAAAGGUGAUUUUUAUUUAUUUAUUGUGUCAUUGGGAGGGAGGUGAGGGCCGUGAAAGGAUCCACCUUUUGAUUGUGUUACUCUUUUGACAUGACUGAGAGAAACAGCGGUGCAAUUGUGUAAAAGUAAAGAAGUUAUGAUUAUAAAUCCUUUUUGUUCUCUUUUGUAUUAAAACAAUGCUUGCAGUAAAA